AUGUUUUCGUCUGCGCUGAAGUCAUUCAGCUCCAAUAUAUCCGCGAACUAUCAGAUUUCUCCUAACCCCACCGUAUACUCGGGGCCCUGGAAAAUCCACGAUGCCAAAAAGAAGUCUACUGGAACAGCUGCAUCGGUUUUUAUCUUUGAUCGCAAAACUCUCGAGCCACGAUCAGGCUCAUUUGGGGCCCGGUCUGCCGGUGCCUCUACAAAAAAGUUGCAAGAUGAUGUGCUCGAGCGUCUUAAGCGGGAAGCAAGCAACCUGGCGCGGUUGCGACACCCUUCCAUCCUCCAAGUGCUGGAGCCGGUGGAGGACACUCGCGGUGGAGGUCUGAUGUUUGUGACGGAGCACCUUACUGCGUCACUUUCUGGGUUACUGUUAGAGAAGAACGAGAAAGAAAGCUCGAGAUCGCGAUCAUCAAACCGCCAGAUGGUAGAUGAAGCCGAUGGGACUCGGGGAAAACGGGACUUGGAGAUUGAUGAACUGGAGAUCCAGAAGGGUUUGCUACAGGUUGCAAAGGGUCUCGAGUUUCUUCACGAGUCUGCAGGCUUAGUGCAUGGCAACUUGAACCCAGAUGCUAUUUAUAUCAAUGCCAAAUCGGAUUGGAAAAUAUCGGGGCUUGGGUUUGCAGGGCCGCCUGACUCUUCUGAGGCCCGCUCGUCUCUCCCGACGUUGGCGGUCUCCGAGGCUCUUUACCAGGAUCCAAGGCUUCCCAAAUCUGUUCAGCUAAAUAUGGACUACACGUCUCCAGACUUUGCUUUAGACUCAAACGUGUCGUCGGCCGCUGAUCUCUUCUCGUUGGGUGUGCUCAUAGUUGCUCUUUAUAACUCUCCGCAUGCCUCCCCACUGCAGGCACAUGGUAACCUAUCGACCUACAAAAAGCUUCUUAGCACUCCAUCCACAACUCCUUCUCAAGGAAACAAUUUCCUUUGCUCCAAGCCCAUCCCUCGCGAAGUUCUAUCCCAUGUCCUUCCCAGAUUGAUCACGAGAAGACCUGCCCAGCGUAUGAAUGCUAGGGAAUUCCAAGAAUCUCAGUACUUCGAUAACGUUCUCGUAUCGACGAUUCGGUUUCUGGAGUCCUUACCAACAAAAACCCCUAGUGAAAAGUCCCAAUUCAUGCGCGGACUACAAAGAGUUCUUCCUGAUUUUCCUGAAUCUGUAUUGGAACGGAAGUUAUUGGGUGUCCUGCUUGAUGAAAUCAAAGAUCGAGAGCUUUUGCCUUUGAUACUGCAAAAUGUGUUUGGAAUUCUUCAACGGGUUCCUAAUGGACGCCGUACGUUCCCUGAGCGGAUCCUGCCCCCUUUGAAGGAGGUAUUUGGUACCGCAUCGAGCAAACCAUCAUCGCAAGAACGCGACUCCAAGAAGGACGCAGGUCUUAUGGUAGUGCUUGAUAAUAUGAAGCUCAUUGCAGCCAAUUGCUCUGGAAUGGAGUUCAAGGAUGACAUCAUGCCUUUCAUUCGGCUCGGACUUGAUUCGCCUACACAUUCUUUGGUGGAUGCCGCUAUCAAAUGUUUGCCUGUGAUUCUUCCUGUUCUUGAUUUUGCCACCGUCAAGAACGAGGUUUUUCCUCCCAUUGCUAGCACUUUCAGUCGCACCAGCAGCCUGGCCAUCAAAGUACGCAGCUUGGAAGCUUUCAGCGUGCUCUGUGGGGGUUCUGCAGAUGAUUCCGAUGGACUGGAUGAUUUCACCGGUACUGUGCAACCUACUAAACAAGGGAAAACUUCUAUCUUGGACAAAUACACCAUCCAAGAAAAGCUCAUGCCUUCUCUCAAGGCUAUCAAAACAAAAGAACCCUCGGUCAUGAUGGCAGCACUGAAGGUGUUUCGACAAGUUGGUAAGAUUGCAGACACAGAGUUCGUUGCCCUGGAAGUGCUACCAAUCCUUUGGAGCUUCAGUCUUGGUCCUCUUUUGAACCUCAAGCAGUUCAAUGAAUUUAUGGCCUUGAUCAAAUCACUGUCCGCCAAGAUUGAAAAGGAACAAGCAAGAAAAUUGCAAGAACUCUCCACUAGUGGUGAUUCUAGUGGUUUCCGCAGUGGCAAUACUUUCUCACACUCCGCUACGGACCUCAAUUCCCCGGGUACAGACGAUGGGAAAAACAACUUUGAACGUUUGGUUCUUGGCAAGAAGACCAGUGGGCCAUCAAGCGGCAAUGAUACUGAUCUCUGGGGUAUGGAGCCGGAAUCUGCUACCUCUAAACGACCAAACUUGUCCCCUGCGCUUUCCUGGUCUGCGAAUAAUGGCGAAGUGCAAUCUGGAGUCUCUAACCAGCUUGCUUUCCGUUCUAUCACACCAGACCAAAAGCUCAAUUCCUUCCCAUCUCUUCAACCCACCCGGCAAACAUCACCGACCCCGUCAUUCCCAACCAUGCAACCAAUGCAACCAAUGCAGCCUAUGCAGCCCAUACAGCCCAUGCAACCAACACAACAUAUGCAGUCUACGCCUAUGCAAUCUAUGCAACCCAUACAGCCGACAUCAUCGAUUUGGAAUGUCCAGCCUCAGGGAAACAAGCAAGGAUCAUCUAUGGCUUCUUUGUCUAGUAUUUCAGCUAUGAACACCAUGUCCAGACCAUCAUCUCAACAAACCUCCAACUUUUCUGCAUUCUCGAUUCCACCUCCUCCCGGAGGUUUGGCUGCCAGCAAUACCAUGAGAUCUCCGGUCAGCAUGAACACAAUACCAAGUGCAUUUACUACACCAAGCGCAUUUACAGCCCAGUCACAAUCUCAACCGCCGGGAUCGCAGAAGAAAGGACUUGACAAGUUUGAGAGCUUGUUGUAA